GUCUGCGGGUAGCUGCAUGACCAGCAGGGGUAGUUUAGAGGAAGGAGUGCAUGUGGACUACACACAAAUGAGUGCAGACACGGAGAGACGAGCUGUGUGUGGACUGUACUGUGAGAGUGGAGUCUUGCACUGAAGCGGACAGAGUUAUGUUCUGUACUCAGCCUGUCUCUGGCACGGGAAACAACUCAUUGAUGUAUUGCUACAACAUGAAACCGGUGAGUGCAUUUGUUGUUAGGUGCAUUUCUGUUGGGUUUAGCAGAGGAUCCAUGCAGUGACAGUGUGUUAGAGUGAUGCUGCUGAUCAAAUGUUCUCUUUACUUGUUAAUAACUCACAUGAUGAAACACCAGUGUCCAGCUGUUUCUGUUUAUUGUGGUUGAACAGUGUGUUCUUCAUCAGGCAUCAUUUUAACAUUUGCUAAAGUAAGAAAUGCAUUUUUCAUUUGCAACCUGCAGAAAGUUAAGAGAUGUUUUAAUUCAGCAUAGCCUAGUUUUAUUUUUGUAGCACCAUAUUGAAGUUUAUGUCUCUCUUCUUUGCACAGGGCUGUUUUGUGACAUAUGGUUGUUUCAUCUGAUUGGUUUGCAUGUGUGUGAGUGGGAAAUACAAAAAGAGGGUUUGUGUCUUGGAGUUACUAUAGUUUGUGCUCAAUAUUUCUUGCAAAUUUAUUAAUUGUUACAACUAAAAAUUUACCUUUAAAAAAAGAAGAAAAAAGAAAAUCCCUACCUCUUGUAUUUUCCACUUUGAGUCUCUUUUUUUAUCAACAUUUAAAUCAGGUAAAUUUAAGAUUUUAGUUUUCAUACAACAUAUAAUUUCCCAUAAAUCAUAAAUCUAUCAAAACAAGACAGCAUAUAGACACUGUGUUAGAUUUCAGUAAGUUGCCACUAUAACACCUCACUUAUCUGUUUGUGCUUUCAUGUUGACAAACUCAUGUUCAAAUGCACCGGUGGGACUCACGCUUCCUGUUAGCUGAGCUCCAUGCAGUCAAGCCUGGCAGCAGAAAAACAUCUUGACAUGAAGCAGAUUGCUGCUAUUUCUAUUUGAUUUAACCCCGCUAUGUUCGGAGCAGUCCCUCCACCACAGCAGCCAUUAUCAAAGGCAGCUUUGAUCUCUGUGAGACUAACCAUAUCCAGACAUCGUGGAUCACAGAGGCAGAAAAUUGGUUGCAUGUGGCUGGAGUUUGCCAUGGUGGAUGGAACUCAGCAUAGGGCCUGAAUAGCAAGUUGAUAUUUCACUCAUCUAGCAUGAUAAUGUUGUGUGCAUCUGCAGAGAGAAAAAGUACAACUGCUUGUUCUUAUUAAACAAGUUUAUCCCUGUUUUAUUCAAAGAUGAUAUUUGAAUACAGCUAACAGAUGUCAUAAAAGGAAACAUGUUUUAUGAAGUAAAAAUGAAGGUUUAAUUUCCUUCUCAAUAGUUGUUUUUAUUUGCUGAAAAAGUCCCUCAUUAUUUGUGAUGCUAUGAUUGAUGGUUCUUAAAUCAGUGCUAAGCUAAAAGAGGAUGCCAUGGUGAUGGCCCCCCUCUCCAGUGGGGGCCAGAGAGGGCGUGCUGGGGCGGGGGGUGUGACCAUUAUUAACGGGUCGCCUGCUAUGCUGAUGGUAAGGAGGACAAUUGGCUUUAUCCUCCGCCAUAUGCUGCCCAUGGCGGCUCAGACGGGCCCAGUGUCGGCAGGGGCUCCUCUGUUUGGCCUAGCCCACAAUCACCAUGGGACUCAUGCCAGCCAGGGUCACGGCUGCGUGUGUGUGUGUGUGUGCUUAAGUGCGUGUGAGAGCCUGUGAGUGUGCUUGCACGAGCAUACUCAAGAGAGUCUUUAAUAGCCUGCUUUACAGAACUUGUCGUCCGGGUAACUGACACCCCAUUGAUGCUGCGCAGGGAGGUUUAUUUUCAUUUCCUGGGGCACAUCAAAGCGAUAGAGGGAGGUGCAGGUGCAGUCCAGACCUCUCGGUGUGUUUGAGUGAGGGAACAUGUGUUGGUGUGUUUAGUGUGCAUAUGUGCAUGUGUUUCUAGCCUCAUGCUUUGUAAUUAAAAGAGAGAAAUAAUUACCAAAGAUAUUGUGGUUUAAUGUUGGAGAUCUGUUUUUAUUUAGUGUUUUGUUACCGAUGAAGGGGGGUUGUUAGGGUGAGACUUAGCACUCUGUUAUCUAAGGACACUGUACGAGAGGGCCUGUAAUUUAAUUUUAUUCUGGAGGGUAUUGUAUCCUGGUCUCAUGAAGCCAGCCGAACCUGAUCAUGAUUAGGGCAGGGAUUUCUCAUGGUGAAUGGUUCUUAAAUCCGGAUGAGGAGGUGCAUGGAUCUGCAGCUUAUGGAUUACUGCAAUAGCUCUAAGUGUGCAUCAGCUCCUCGCUUUGUUUUCGUAAUACUGUAGCUUCAGACUGGCACCCGGAGAAUUCUCAUGUUUGAGUCUGUGGUAACUGUUUGAAUAAUUCAUCCAUAGGAAGAAAAAAAAGACUGUUUGUGUACAUCAUGUGAUGAUUUAAAGUUGGUUUCCAACAUCAUAAUAAACAAGCUGUUCUUUCCAGGUUUAUGGGCAGUCUCCCACUAAUGACGGCAUCAACCAGAACUCCUCUUUACACCCAUCAACCAAGGCCCCCAGCAAUGUGUUUGCCAGCGCCUUCUUUGGUGAGCUCAAAUAAUCCAAAAUAAACACUGUACAUAUCUCCUGUGAUAUUUUGAUCUAUAGGAUCUUUUGUACUUUUAGUAUGGCGACAACUGGGAAAAUAUGCAAGUUUAGAGGGGAAACCAAAACAUCCAUGAAGUUCAAUUUUAUCCUCAUACCUACUCUGUGAGCAGAAACCUGCUGCUCAGCUCUGAGCUCUUAGAAAUAAUCUGCUCUUUGGUCUUAUGUGUUGGCCUCCUCAGUGUGCAUGUUGAAGGUUACUGUAGGCCGCGUUUAUUCACUUAUAGUUCUUAAAGAAGCAGCACUGACUUCUUCAAACAAAGCCUAUUACAAAGCAGAGGAAAUACCAAUAAGAUGUAUAUAUAGAAUAUAGAAGAAACAACAAAAAUAAUGUCUUUGUGUAUGUAUUUAUGUACUAAUGUUUGUAUUAUGUAGCUAUCUAUCUAGAAGUUAUAUGUCUAUAUAUUCACAGUCUAUUUUGCUCUGUGAAAUUCAGUUAAAGGCUGAAACCUACGAGUUAUUGGGUUAAAAAUACCUUGAAAUGAGGUUUUAUUGAUCAUUAAUCUAUUAUGAAGAUAAUAAACUUUUAAAAUAAAGCAUCUAACAUGUUUCUAAGAUAAAAUUGUUGCAUCAGAUUUGUAAAUUAACAUUCUGUGGCCAUUCAUUUCACCGUUAACGUAUCAUAUUUUCCAUAGGGGGCCCUCUGUAGAGCGUCAUAACUUAUCUAGCUGCUUGAGAUGCUGUUCCAUUGCUGGCUAUAACAUAUCACUAUCCAUUUUAGAGGGUACGAGCAAUUCGCCUGACAUCUGGAACGCUGUAAACGGCCUGAACCAGCAGGGCUAUGAAGGUGCACUGGGAGCAGCCACAACCCACCAGACACAGGCAGGGAGCUACGGCAGCCUGCCUCCACCACACAGUCACCUGGUGAGAUUUACCUCCAAGACCUUGGAUGUUGACAGCACAGCAUUUUUUAACCCCUCUGGGAGGACUGAAUAUAUGUUUGCUUUCUGUUCAGGAUUACUCUCCACAUUCAGUGAUGGCUGCUGAUAUGAACAGGAGUCUCCCGCCAAUGUCCACUUUUCACCGCAACAACAUGACACCGCACACUCCAUCAGUCAACACCUCAGAGAAUUCAACAGGUGAGAAAAAACUCUUUACUGCUUUUUUUUUUCAAAUCAACUGUGUUUACUCUAAUAAAGCGGUUGACACUGUUUUUUAUUUUGAUUUUUUUGUAGUCUCAGGGAGCCAAGGAAAUGUGUCAGGGGGGUCACAGACAGGCGAUACGUUGGGCAAAGCUUUGGCUUCUGUAAGUAUGCACUACCUUAAUCCCAUUAGAGCGGCUCAUCUAUGCCCUGUUAUGUCUAAACAUUCAGACAGGGCGCUAAACAAAAGACCCAGUGGUAUAACGCAGAAGCAAAGCAGGUCAUCCCUGCUAAGAAAAGAGUAGCUCGUAUCAACAAAGGGCUACUUUCCUGCUGCUGGACUUUUUAUUGGCUGCUGUGCCGAGUAGUAAAAUGACCAGAAUUGAUGAGUUUAGUUCAGGUUAUGAGCCUGCUCCAAAGGCUGUGGCAGCAGCUGUAAAACCUUACGCAGAAAUGACAAGUUGUGCUUUUAAAAUGAUCCAUGCUCUUCUCCCUCUCCUCCCCCUCUUUUUCUCUUUCUUUCCGUCUGCUGCCAGAUUUAUUCCCCCGAUCACACCAGCAGCAGCUUCCCCUCUAGUUCGUCCACACCAGUGAGGUCUCCAUCCCCGCUGCAGAGUGCAGCUGAACCUGCAGGUAAACUAAAGAAACCAUACAUUUGUCAAUGCCAGACGGAGUCGGUCCUUAACCACAUCCAGCUUUACUAUAAACGGAUCAGUGAUAAAAUGUGGUUGUUUUUAUUUUUCCUCUCAGGUACCAACAUGUGGCCCCGAAGUUCAGUUCAAGCUCCAGCCUCACCGCAUUAUGAAUCCUCACUCAUAUCAUUGGUAGGCCUAAAUAUCUGAUUUGCUAUUGCAUUCAUGAGUUUUAAUAAAUAAUUAUCAUGUGAUUUAAUAAGUACAUAAAUGAUAUGUGAUUUAUGAGGUAGAUGAGAGCACCACAGCUCAAUUAUAAGGAAAAAAAUGUAACAAAUCAGUUUCUAUUAAUCAAGGAAAUAAUUACACACCUAGAAAAAAGAUUCUGAAAUACGUAAUUCAAUUAUUAGAUGCUUCUACCAAAAAAAGAUCUUUAUGUUAGGAAUGACGUGUAGUUAGCUCUGUUUUUUUUCUUUUUUGGAGAAAAAAGUGCUGAGCUUGAGAGGACAUUUUGAAAAAUACAUCAGAAAGAAACAAUUUACUGAUUUACUUUAUAUAUCAGAUUAAACUUCAAAUUUCCAUUGACAUUGAAUUUAUAAAGCAUCAGCAUUUCUCUGAUUUUCUUUUUACUGAUGUAGAAAAUUACUGCAGUACCUUUAAGAGACCCUCUUAAACCUCUUAAGUCUCUGUAUUUUUUUUUAAUCUUUUUUUUUUACUCUACCAGAAACACUCCUCAAGCCUGUAUCAUUCCGUGUUUUGUGUUUGUGUCCUAUUUGUUUCCUUGAAUGUGAUCAAUGUCUCUUUUACUUGGCUCCUUGUGUGUUUGAUGAUGUCCCUCACUUUCUCUGCUGGUGUCUUGUCCUCUUUUCUCUGGUGACUGGUCAGCCAUUAACCGCUGAUUCAAAGUUUUGCGCUCUCUAAAUAAAUUGAGAGUGAUAUUUAUAUUCUUUGUCCUAAUGCUAUUGGACGAAUAAGAUUUUAGUCAAACUGUCAAUUCAUGAAUGCUCGUGCUCUGACUAUCAAGCUGUCCUUGGUUUCACCUUCGCUAGUCAGAAACAACACAGGUGGGCGAUUAGAGAGAAAGCCCAGUAAUUAGAAAAUAAUAUUAAUAAGAAUAAAGAUAAUGAUACCAUAAAUACAGACAAAAUAACCACACACACCCACAGUUUGAGCUCUGCAUGUAUGGACAAUAGUUUUUUCUUUUUACUGAUAAAAAACUUAGAAGGAACAGAUUGAUAUUUGGGGGGAAAACAAAGUUGCAGGAGUGCAAGUUGGAGUUUUAUAAGAUUUAUGUACCUGUUUAGCAGCAAUGAGGUCACUGAACAACACCUGGGAGUUACAACACUUUGCUUAAAAAGAGAGCUGACUCUAUUCCUCUGUUUCCAGGCCAAGCAAGGCUUUUUUUUUUUUUUACAGUGGCAUCCUUUUUAACGAUAUAAGUGAAAUAUGGAGGGAGCCUAUUGUCUUUAAUGGAAUAUACUGUGGACAAUAAUGUUUCAUGAGUAUAUAAUAUGAUCACCCCAAAGCAAUAAUUUUUGAGAUACUUGCGCCUCAGAAUGAAGUCUUUACACCAACUGAGGGAUUUCUACUGCAAUGUUACUACAGUAGCCUAGAGCGGACAAACCAAACACAGAGCAGAGUGUUUUUUUACAAGUUGCAGCGCCAGUUUAGAUAGUCCCUCAAGCUUAAAAGAUUAGGUUAAGGAUAAUGUAUGAGUAGUUGGCAAACUGUAUCCUUACUCAGUCCCUCCAUUUAACUGGCCCUUCAAAAUAAAAGCUCAGUUUCAAAUGUUUAGCUAAAACUUAAGCUAAAAUUGAUAAUUCUCUUUUCAUAUUUUGAUUUAAGUGUGAUAUAACAGUGUCUGUCAUGCUUUUUUUUUAUUUCAAUUAAAUUAAUAUUAGGUCUUAAGCUUUUAUGACUGAGCAGACACUGAAAAAACUGUACACCUGAAAUACUAACUAACUGAAAACAUUUGAACUCUUUGUCUCUUUGUGUUUGCAGUCACAAGUUGAGGACCGGCUCGACAGACUGGACGAUGUGAUCCACGUCCUGAGGAAUCACGCUGUAGGACCCACGGCUGGCCUUCUCACGGAUAUCCACGGCCUUCUGAACCAAACCCACCAGAACCAGCCAGGAUCUGCCAGCACACUGGCGCUCUCCUGCCACACUUCAUCCAUGGUUAACAAGCGCAUUACUCUCAAGCAUUUAAGGAGGGACAUGGCGGCAUGUUUGGAAAUUCCAUGUUGUGUGUGUGUGUGUGUGUGUUGUGCAUACAGAAUGUGCGCAAUGGUAUUUAGUUUCUGGAAUUUUCCACCUGCUAUGUCUGCAUGUUUUCCUCAUGUGAAGGUUGUUGUCCUUGAAAUAGGAAACUGAGCUCAAUGGCAGAGUGAAGUGACGCAUCACCCUUGUAUGGAGAGCGUAGAGUAUGUGUGGACUGUAAUUCCACUAUGGGGUGAUGGGGAAGCCUGCAUCGUGCACUCCCAUUCCUGCAUGUUUCCCAUUCAGCACACCAGGGGAUUUUGGCCCAGCUGGAGUGGAAGUAUAUGCAGGGAAAGGGUUUUUUUUUAAAAAUCUAAUCCUUUGGGGGAGGGGGGUAUUAAAUUCUCCGAGUUUUAUUCUUCUGAAUGAUGUAUCAGUCAUAAGUGAGUCAUUAGAAGAGAAUUUGUGGUAUGUUUUAGCAGUAUAUCGUAGUUUUAAGAGCAGGAUUAAGAUUUUCUGAGAUUAGAUUAAUUCUGGAAAAGAGGGAGCAGAUGUUUGGUUGGUGACUUAUCUGCCAUUGGUUAGAUGUAGUAGUGAUAUACUUUAUGUGACCAGGCACACGUGAUUAUUACCCUCAUCUCAUCACCUUCUUUAUAUGUCAUAAAGGUUGAAGCUGUCAAUAUGAACAACAACCACUCAGCCUUCCAGAGCCGCACACAAAACGGUCACCCAUACCCACCCCGACAGAGAGCCACGCUGCAGUCGAUACAAGGUGGAGGCAGAGGUGAGUUAUUAUCUGCACCUUUUAAAGCUGUGAACUGUCAAAACUGAAGGAAUUUCUAGUUUUUAUUUUCAAUAAAUGUGCGGUUCUCCACAGGAGGUCUGGGAGUUCAGGGUAACCUUGAGCUGAAGAUGGAGAGCAGGGAGAGGGAGGAGAUGAUGCACACCAACAACAGCUCUGACAGCCAGAGAUCAGAUGAGGAAGGUGAACUGAAAACACAAGGAGAAAACGGCUCAAGUAACAGGUGAUCCUGCUUUCUGUAUGAAAAAAACUAUCAUGGACCCACUGUGCUGAAAUGUUUGCAUCUGAAUUGUUAAUAAUCAGCAAUUAAGAAAAUGAGAAUUAAGAAUCAACUCCAUUUUGACAGUGAGAUAGUCCAUCACAGUUCAGCGGUGUCCAGGCGUGUCUAUUCAGCUCUGCCUCAUAUUUCUUCUUAAAAAGAAAGCAAAAGAGGACUAAACUCAAAAAAAUGAACACGCUGCAAAUGGUGAAGACAUUAGUGAUGAAAAAUUAUGUUUUUGUAUAUUUGAAAAACUCAUUGAGGAGGCAAAUAAGGUGUUCUAACAGUGUCCACUUCUCAGGUGCAAAAGGAAGUACAGUGAAGUAUAACUUAUCCUCCUUAUUCUCACGAAAAAAGGAACAAAAUCAUUAGCUUUAAGGUCAGGGUGAUACCAAGAGGUGCUCUUUUUUGGUUUAUUAGAUAGUCUAAAUCAAUAAAUUUUCCAAAUCUUCAAAUCAUAAAAUUUAAAAAACUGGAAAAAAAAAUUGGAGACUUGACCAACUUUGAUUUUUUAUCUGAUUUUCAAGCAACAAAUAAUUUUAAUAGUUCAAACACCAAUUAUAAAAAAAAAAAGUUUCCUCUUCCAUUUAUGCCAUCAAAGUAUUUUAUUUUGGAUUCAUACCCACGGUUUUAGUUUUACUGCAUAUCCUGAAAAUCUCACAGAUCAGACACAUCAGUGUUUGUCCCUCAGUCUGAAAAACGAGAGGUCACUUCAGGACAAAUCACUGAGUGACAUCGGCUCUGAUGCCUGAGUGCAUGUCUCCUUUUCGUUGAGAUCUAGGAGGAACUUGAAGGAUAUAAGGGUUGACAAAUGUGCAUUAACCUCCAGCAUCACUUUUUAACCAAGCUAUUUUAAACUGAAUAUAGAGAAUAAAAGAUUUUUAAAAUACUUUUAAGAUGUGACUCAAAGAGCACCACCUUUAUUACUGAGGGUUUUUUGUGUUUGGAGUAACCACCAAAAUUAAAGUAUGCCUGAUUAACCAACAGUGAAGAUGGUCAUGAUCCCAUGAGCUUGUCACUGUAGCUACAGUGAACUGUAAGCUCUUUUAAAAAGAAUUAAGAGCAGACAUCAGAUGACCCUGAUAGACAGUAGCGUGAUGUUAACUCAGUGACCAGCAGAGGGCAGAGAAAUCCACGCUAUGACUCAACACAGUGCUCCACUGUGACUAAUAAAUACACUGUAAUCAACUUUGAAAAGUAAAAUCUGUGAUAUGCUCAGAAAAGUAAAUGUCAUUCCCAGUUUUUGCUGAUCUUUUGUUGUUGUUGUUUCAGUAUCCACGAGGACGAGGACCUGAGCCCAGAGCAGAAGGCCGAACGUGAGCGAGAGAGACGGAUGGCCAACAAUGCCCGCGAACGUCUGCGUGUGCGUGAUAUCAAUGAAGCGUUUAAGGAGCUGGGCCACAUGUGUCAGCUUCACCUGAAGAGUGAGAAGCCACAGACCAAGCUGCUGGUGCUGCAUCAGGCCGUGGCUGUGAUCCUCAGCCUGGAACAACAAGUCAGAGGUCAGUGAGCACCGCUGCAGGUCCAAACCACGGGGGGCAGAGGCGAAAAAUGGAACCUGGUCUUUGUGUCAAGUCAGAUAAGAGAGGGAGUGAGUGGAAGCAAGGUUUAAACUGAAAUAAUUAGGAGUGGGAGUCGGUGCAGGAGAGGUUGUAGCUCGAGUUUACACUGUUGAAGAAACCUCUGUUGUCUUUUUGAUAGCAAAGAGGGAGUGCACAGCUUUUUUUUUUUUUAAUGCCUUUUUUUUUUUACCACAGUAGCAAAUGAAACAUUCAAUGUGCCCACAAAAAAACGCUAAAACACUUCACACAGCUGUGACAAACCUAAGUCUUAUUAUUCAAAUUAUGAUGAUGAUUAUUACAAAAACAUCUGUUGCAAAAUCAGUGUAAUGACUAUGCUGACCUGAAUUUUAGUCACUGUCUGGGUGCGGGAAUGAGGUGUUUUUGACGUGCUUCUAGUACAAUCCAAUGUCCAAUCCAAGGUUGUUGUUGACUUAAAUUUUUGCCAUUUAUUGUUUUAAUAAAAAACAAACCAAAAAAAGAACAGAUAUGUCCAACUUACUACGAUGGUGAUGUUUGCGAUGAGGGUGAGAGUGGUGUCAGAGAUUAGCGGUAAAAACCGUGUUCUCAGAUCACUCCUUCACCUGUGUCCCUCUGUAGCAUUUACCUGCCCAUUCACCUGGAGUGCCCCUUGUGGUGAUUGUGUGAAAGAAAACCAAAAAAAUAAUAUAGAUAAAAUGGCUCAUACAAUCAGAACAUAUGAAGUACUUUUAAAAACUUUUCCAGGUCUGACAAAGUUAAACUUAAUGUUUAACACAGGGGAGAGAACAAUGAAAAUGUGUUUCUAUAUGACUGAAUGCAAUAAAAACUAACCCUGUGUUUUUUAAAUUCCUACAGAGAGGAACCUGAACCCUAAAGCAGCGUGUCUGCGGAGGAGAGAGGAAGAGAAGGCAUCUGGAGUCAUGUCAGAUCCACAGUCCAUGCAUCUGGCUUUCCAUCCGAGUCUGACAGACCCUGCAAACCCCAUGGGCCACCUCUGAACAUGUGGAAAUGACUACAUUCAAUCCAGCAUCAAGUAUGUGGCAUUAAAUUUUACUAUUUUACGUCAGAGAUGAACAUGAAUUAAUUUAUUGUUGUCAGGUUGAUAGCUCUGUCUAGCACAGGGCUGAUAUUUUUGGAGAAAUUAUGUAUUGGACUGCUGGAUUUUCUCAAGCUUUUUAUUGAAGAACUCAAAGAUAAAUCAACAAUAAAAAGAUUAAUGUUGUUAUUUUUCUUCUUUGUCUGUGUCUUUAGUGUCCAGAUGUCAGGUGGAGAGCAUCCAGCCAUGUUAGAUGUCCAGCGUUUCUACUGAUUUGGGACUGGAGCGGAGAGGUCCACCUCUCUGAUCGUGAUGCAGUUGAACAAUCAUCUCCUCACUUUUCGAACAGACUUUAACUUUGUGCCUAAACUUUCCUUGUAAAACAGACAAAUGCAUUGUAAGCUGCAGGUGUUUUUGUACAUAUUUUGUAUAUUUAUUAUCCGUCUCUUUGGAUAUAUCUGACAGGAUAAGACUCAGUAGUGACAAUGUAUCAUCUGCAGUUUGAUUUAUGGCAGAGCGCGAUAUGUGUCCGACUGACUUUUACAGUUAAUCUCUAUUUUAAAACAUAAACAUAUUAACUUCUGAGCUUAUAGUUUCCACAUUCCCACACGUGUGUUCAGACAAUGGAUUUCAUUAGUCCCAUGGUGUGUGUGCGCGAGUGUGGCAGGAGUUUUACCAUUCUGUGAAUGAACAGAUCUCCAAGAAUGUUCUCCAACAAGCGGGCAUCAGCUGUUAUUUGUAUAUUUGUUACAUAUCUGUGUUAUAGCACUGUUAACAAGGUCACGCUGUCUGAAACGCUGGUGGGCGGAGUUGCUGGUCUUCUCAGUGUGAUUUCUGCUCUUCAGAUGUAGUUGAAGCUCAUUGCAUGUUUGAGUUUUUAAUAGAACAUUAAAUGUUUUUCUAAGUUAUGUAACUUAUCUUUUAUACACAUAUUGUGAGUUUCAUAAUGUCUUUAUUUACGUUUGUUGCUCUGAUUUUUGGAAGGAUAUCCUGUUUGUGCAGUUUUACCAGAGGUUCACACAUUUCAUGCUCCGAGCAGUAUUACAGUUAUGACUGAUGUAUCGUUUGACUAUCACACAGCUAAAGAACAAUAAACAAUAAUCCAAAAACUCCUAACAUAACAUGUACAGUAUGUGUACAGUUUGAAGUAGCCUACAGGCAUGUGUCAAAAUGAUAAUGUAGCAAUAAAUGUCAUUUUUUUCAAAUAGUUGGAGAGUUUCUCUUUAUUAAAUGUUCUCUUUGAGUGAAGUUGAUACAUGAGAUAAUGAAACAGUGCAACGUGCAAUUCAAAUCUUACUGAGCCGAAAGUAUCAACACAACAAUGUCAAACUAUUUUGUCAAUGCAUGGUAAAGUUUAGUAAAAGCUCUGGUAAGGAACUUUUGGUUAAGUUGUCUCUGGCGCCCCCCUUAGGGCAGGGUGGUACUUUUCUAAUUUUGUUAUCUGCAAUAGUAGUUUGUUUCACAUGUCAGUCAGCUGAAUCACCCAUUGAAAUCUUUUUUUAAAGGAUACACAGACAAUUACCACAUCUGACAUCAAUCUUCUAUCAGGGGUUUCAGGAAUCAAUAUGCCCAAAGGGUCCUAUGGGUGUUGGGAUAAUUAACUGGAUGGGAAGGAAAAGAAAACUCCCAAAAUUAGUUAGUGAAAACUACUGUUUUCUCAGUCUCUGUCUUUAUUUGUAUAGCACUUUUCAUACAAAAACGAUGUAGUACUAAGUGCUUUACAUAGCAGAGGAAUAAAAGAAACAAAAAAAAAACCCUAAUCUACCCCAACCCAACCCCUCAUUCCCACCUCGCAAUCUAAGCACAAUAGAAAC